AAUUAAUAUGUCUGGCACCACCAUUCAAAACAGCUGUUCAUUGUCCGGCUUCUGUUAAGUAAAAUGGUUCGCGUUGGCUUACAGAUAUCUGCUACAUUAGAAAAUAUAGAAAAAUUAGAAACGCAUUGCGAUUAUGCGUAUUUCUUGAAGCUAACCUGCAGCAAUUGUGGAGAAACAUCAGAAAAAUGGCAUGAUAUUACAGAAUCGGAGCGUACACAACAAGAUUCACGCAAUGCAGCGGGCUUUAAUUUCUAUAUGAAAUGCAAAAUGUGCGCAAGAGAAAAUAGCAUUGACGUCGUCGAAAAGUCGAAUGUGGCCUAUACAGCUGACGAUGCGGGAAAAUUCAAGACAAUUGUGAUUUUUGAUUGUCGCGGCGUAGAACCUGUUGAAUUUUCACCUCGAUCCGGAUGGAAGGUUCUUUCAGCGGAAAAUGGACAAGCCUUUGAAGAUGUGGAUCUAUCCGAAGACGAUUGGGUGGAGUACGAUCAAAAGAAUAAAAACUCAGUGGGCAUUUACGAAUUUUCCUCCAAAUUUAUCAAGCUAAAGAAGUGAAAGUCAAUUUAAAUAAAGCAUUUGUUAUCUAUAAAUAUA